AGGAGGGCUGCUGCCUAGUAACCAGCUAGGCCUCUUGCCAUUAGCCCUGUGUGCUCAUCAGAGUUAGAGCAGAGACCCCAGGGAUUCUGAAGACUUUGCAGUUGUGAAGAGACUUGUACGCAGAUGGGAGCCCUAAGCCUGAGGGAGACCAGAGAGCCAGAGGGACAAGGUGAAGAGGACUGAGUUGGAGGUGUUUGCCAUUUCUGUGUGAGACUGGGAAAGAGUCUCCUCAGAUCAACUCAUAGUAAUGGGAGAGAAGAUCCCUGAACCAAUGAAGGCUUUGGAUCUGGAUCUACAUGAAGCGGAGAAAGGAAAAGCAGGCCAUGCCCCAGGUAUGGCCCAUGAGUCCAGGCCUCCAAUAAGUAGCCAGAGAUUGUCCCAGAAAGACAAUGGCCAUCAAUCCUGGAAAGGACCCAAGACUCCUUUGGACCAAUCUCAUCCCAAGAGCCAGUCACUGUGCCCUCCAGGACUGCCCCCAACGAGAGACAUCAGCGUGAAAAGUAGCAGCCGGUUGGGGACAACUCAUUCUGAGGAACCAAGAUUGAGUACUGGGUCAUCUGAUGGGAGGGAUAACCCCAGCUGUGGGGCUCUCACCCCCAGGAAACAUGGGUCAAGAGGCUGUUCUCGGCCAAGCAGGACAAACUCAAGAGAGGAGCUGCAUUCUUCCAAGGGAGCAGAAGAUUGCAGGGUAUCCAAGCCUGAAGGAGAUAACAGCUCUGGUACUGAGUGCCAGUCUGGUAUGGUUGGCAAAAGUUCCAGCUACAUCCCUAGCAACAUCCGACACAAGUUUGGGAGCAACACUGUGGAUCAGUUGGUGACCGAGGAGCAGGCUCGAAGGGCCAUAUAUGAAGUGAUUGGGGGACAGAAGCGAGUGAGCAGCCGUACGAUGAAGACUCGGAAUUUGAUGGAAAACUCACCAUUUGCAGAUUAUUAUGAGCUGGGAUACAAUAUGAGAUCCAACAUAUUCCAAGGGCCCCCCGUGGAGGCAAAGAGCCUAAUGAAGGACUCCUACACCAUGGAUGUGAUUGAGAGAGCUGUGAGGGACCCCCAGCAUUGGCAUGGGAGGAAGACAGAUGACCUUGGGCGGUGGCAUCAGAAGAAUGCCUUAGACCUGAAUCUACAAAAGGCUUUGGAUCAGAAAAUUGGAGAACGGAGAAAAAGCUUGAAGUAGGAAUUUCUAAGAAAAGGGGAUGCUCUCCCUCCUAGAAGGAGUUAAUAAAAAAGCCAAGAACAAUCCUUGUUU